ACAUGGCAUUUGUGUAUGUGUCUGUGUGUGUGUGUAUGUUGGUAUCCGGACAAUCGGCACCCGGACAAUUGGCACCCAGUGUUUUUUUGCAGAGGCGGACAAACGGCACCCAGUAAAUUUGUUGAGGCGGACAAACGGCACCCGCCUGGGACAGAGGAAGACACAGAGAACGAGUGUCCUACGGAUGCUAAACGACAGAAACUGGACAGUGAUGGGUCUGUAACAGACCAGACUGGUGGGGUGAAUAAUGACAGUGAUGUCGGAGGUGUGAAGAACCAAACCAAAACAGAAGAGUUCGGAUCUGGUGGAUCUGAAGACUCUACAGAAAGGAUCUCCAAGGAGACAGAUGAUAUGAUCACCAAGGAGACAGAUGUGGGGAUCACAGCAGAUAGGAUCUCCAAGGAGACAGAUGAUAUGAUCACCAAGGAGACAGAUGUGGGGAUCACAGCAGAUAGGAUCUCCAAGGAGACAGAUGAUAGGAUCUCCAAGGAGACAGAUGUGGGAAUCACAGCAGAAAGGAUCUCCAAGGAGACAGAUGUGGGAAUCACAGAGUAUAUCAGUUCCUUGCCGGGAUUUAAUGGAGUUCUAAAACAGAGGUACUCGGACUUCCUGGUGAAUGAGAUCAGUCUUGAUGGCUCUGUGGUCCACCUCACUAGCACAGAUCUGCCCUGCCCACUCCCAGAGGAACCAAAGGUAGAGCUGGUUGACUUGGAGACUGUGAGUCCAGAGGACGCAGCCAAGCUUGCCGAACUAUUGAAGUCCAAGAACCAGAAAGAGUCGGUACUUAUAGAGGCCCCAGAUGACAAAAAUGCAAGGACCAAAGUUCACAGUGAGAUUGCCCGGGCGUUCCCAGGACUGGAGACAGUCACUGUAACCAAGGGAGACAGGAGGCUGAUAGAGGUCAAGAUAAUGUCAAACAGAGGUAACUUGCUACGUCAGUGGCCCAAGGGGCGUGGAGACUACUGCAAGUUUGUCCUCUAUAAAGAAAACAAGGACACAAUGGAUACUAUUGGACUGAUAGCCAAGAACCUGGGCCUUAAGAGCAGCUUGUUUCAGUACGUGGGGACAAAGGACAGACGAGGGAAGACAUGCCAGCAGGUGACGGUGUUCAGAGUUGCCCCAGAAAAGUUAAAAGGGCUCAACAAAGUCUUAAGGAACAUUGUGGUGGGAAACUUUAGCUAUGUGGAUCGGCCACUCAGGCUGAGUGCGUCGAGAGGUAACAGGUUCACCGUGGUCCUGCGCGCAGUGACAGGCAGCCUGGCGCAGAUAGACGCAGGCAUGCAGUCCCUCACUGAGGCAGGCUUCAUCAACUACUUCGGUAUGCAGAGGUUUGGCACACAGGCUAUACCCUCACAUCAUAUUGGCAGAGCUCUGCUACAAGAAGACUGGAAGACUGCUGUAGAGCUGAUUCUGAAGCCCAGAGUGGGAGAUGAUGCCCAGCUGGCGGCUGCCCGUGGGUACUGGUGGUCUACCCGGGACAGUGGGGCGUCCAUUGAAAAGUUCCCGCGGUUCUCCUACAUAGAGAGGAGCAUCUUGGCAGGGCUGGCUGCACGGGAACAGGACUACUAUGGGGCAUUCUCCAAGGUGUCCCGUAACAACCGUCUGAUGUACGUACACGCCUACCAGAGCUAUGUAUGGAACCUGGUGACCUCCCAGCGUGUGAGGCAGUAUGGAUUGAAGCCUAUGGUGGGAGAUCUCAUCAUACCACUUGACACUGCAGCAGGCAAUGAGCAACCUGAGGACAACACAGAGGGACUGACGGAUGAGGUCGCGCCAAUCAAGGCCAGGCCUGUAGUGCUGGAUGAGGCUAGUAUUGGGAAGUACACAAUAUACGAUGUGGUUCUACCUCUUCCGGGGUUCGACUCUGUUUACCCUGACAACAACCUCCAAGGGCUGUACAAGGAAGUCAUGGAGAAGGAUGGGCUAGACUACACUAACAUGAGACGUAAACACAAAGACUUCUCUCUGGCGGGUGGUUACCGUCACAUCGUGGUGCGCCCCAAGGACGUCUCCUGGAGACUGCAUCGCUAUGACGACCCCACUUCACCCGUUGUCCUCAGUGACUGGGAUGUCAUGAAAGGUGACACACUGAACAAUACAAGCACAGAUGGAGGUCAUCUAGCUCUGGAGUUUCAGCUCUCCCUGCCUCCAUCCUGCUAUGCUACCAUGGCGAUACGCGAGCUCUUAAAAAUAGAUACAUCAAGCAACUUCCAGUCUUCUCUAAAUGUCACAUGAUCGUGUCUGGAACUGAUGAUGAGUGUUCCUACUGAUUGUGUUCCUCUGGGAUACGUGGAACUGUUAGCUUGUCAUAGUUGGAAAAUUGUUGAGGUGUUUUAUGGCUUUAUUUUGAGAAGGGCAUUCAGUAUUUGAUUAUAACAUUCUGUAAAAUUAAAUAGCUGUUAUAGAAGUGUUUAAAAUGAUUUUGUAACAUCCUGAUUCCAGAAAUGUUAUGUGUAGCAUGUUGAAAAAUAAUCAUAGUCUAACUAAAAACUAUUCUAUUGUAAUGGCAUGUUUAAGUUAAAUUAUAUUUAGGUCAAGUUUGGCCAAGACCAGGGUCACUGUUUCAGCUUAUUUACUUGGUUUAUUACUCAUGUAUUGUGCUGAGAUUGUGUUUUUAUGGAGCUUACAUGCAGACCUAGCUUUGGACUGAAUGUAGAGUCAGUUAGGUGAAGGUCUUUGUUAAUGGAAAUUGAGUGUAGAACCAGACAAGAGCCAGUAAAUGUGUUUUUAAAACUUUCAUAUCUUGAGAAAAAAAGAUCUAAAAAAACUGAGACCAGAAUGAUACGAGUUUCAUUAUUCUAAAGUUUAUGAAUGUCCGUAAUGUUAUAACAAGUUCUUUUCUUCUUGUUGUAAUAACAAACCGCAAUGUAUCAUAUUUAAUAAAGCCUGUUAUGUUUUGCAACAUCCCAGCAUCAGAUUGUACGUUCAAUGGUGUUUACACUAAAGUGGAGUAGUAUACGUUGUAUUUAAACCCAAUAAUAUCCAGAUCAAAACCAGGUUCUUAAUCAUGAUUUUCAAUGUUUUAUCAUAUAAAUAUACAUGAAGUUUUUUUCUAAACAAACUGAGAAGUAAUUGUCGAACAUCCUGUAUUAAAUCUUGGAUCAUUUCUAUUUUGAGAACUUCUACGUGAACAAACACACCUGUUAUUUUAUUUUGCUUGCUAUUGUAUCUGAUAAACUCUGUGGGUUGGGUAAAGUUAAUACACUUCGAUAAUAAAUGGUUUAAAUGGUUAUCCCAA